CGCUGCUGUGUGUGGACACAUGCGUUGAGUGUCUUGCCGUUUGUGUGUGUUGCCGGUUUGCUUGAAGUGUUGGAGAGUCCGUCAUAGGAUGUUUACACUUUGAAGAGCAUUCACUGCCUGAAGAGUGAAGAUGCUCAAGUUCAUUACAAAGAAGUCCCAGCACGUAAGUGCUGAGCGGCUUAAGGUGCAGCGGGAGCUGUUUGCCUUCAACAAGACUGCCUGCCAUGGGUUUCCUCACUGCCCUACGGCUCUGGCCUGGGACCCAUUCCUGGAACUUUUUGCCAUUGGGACCAAGACAGGGUCACUCAGAGUCUACGGAGCCCCUGGUGUUGAGUAUGUGGUUGAACAUGAUGCCAGCAGCCCUGUGAUAGAGCUGCACUUUGUGCCUAAGCAGGGACGUUUGAUCACCCUGCUGGAGAACAACACACUCCACCUUUGGGAGAUCAACAUGAAAGGAGGAGAAGACUCCGUACUUGAGCAUGUCGAGUCCUACACAGUUGACUCUAAGCUUCGCAUCUUCACCUGUUCAGUUCAGUCUUCUGGGGAUUACCUGUACCUGGGCACUGAAGGGGGCAACGUUCACAUGCUGGAUAUCAAGUCAUUCCAGAUGGCCGAUGCAGUCAUCUAUCAAGAUCUCGUCACACAGAAUGUUCCUGAAGACUACAAGAUCAACCCCGGUGGUGUGGAGGCUAUCGCGGAGCACCCUUUGGACCCGAACAAGAUGGUCAUUGGCUACUCGAGGGGUCUCAUGGUGCUGUGGGACAAUGAGACAUUAAAUGCCGAGCAGACCUACAUCUGCAACAAGGAUCUCCACUCGGUGUCAUGGCAUGGAAGCGGCACCAAGUUCAUGAGUGCCCACAACGACUGCAGCUAUUUUGUCUGGAGCGUCAACAGCGCCAAAGCCAUUGAAUCCAUGGAGCAGUGUUACGGUCCAUACCCUUGCAAAGCCAUCAACAAAAUCCUCUGGAAGCGCACCACCGGCAAGUAUGACUUCGUCAUCUUCUCUGGUGGUAUGCCUCGUGCCAACUACGGCGACCGUCACACGGUCUCGGUGAAGCACGGCGAGACCUCCAAAGUGCUGGAUCUCACCUCCAAGGUUGUCGACUUCUUCACCGUGGAUAAAGAAGCGGACGACCCUGAGACCGCAGAACCUGUGGCACUGGUCAUUCUGGCCGAGGAAGAGCUGGUGGUGGUGGACCUUGUCUCAGAUGACUGGCCCAGCUUUGCGUUGCCGUGCUUGUCGAGCCUGCACUCCUCGGCCAUCACUUGUACGAACCACUUCAGCAACGUACCCCUGGACGUCUGGGACAAGCUGCUCGAGGAGGGCCGCAAGCAAACACUCCAGUGCUCGACGAAGCCCUGGCCGCUGGUGGGGGGCCGCGUGACGUGCGAGGAGUCGAGUCAGCACGACCUGCUGGUGACCGGCCACGAGGAUGGCUCUGUGCGCUUCUGGGAUGCCUCUGGGUCAUGUUUGCGGCAGCUCCUGACCCUGAGGACUGCACGCCUCUUUGGGGCGGGAGACGGCCCCUCCAGCUUCCACGCCGCGCCGGACGAGGAGGAGGAAGAGGAGUGGCUGCACUUCCACAAAGUGGGCACAUUUGACCCGUACAGUGACGACCCCCGCCUGGCGGUGAAGAAGGUCCUCUUCUGCCUGCAAACGGGGCGCCUUGUGGUGGCCGGCACCGCAGGUCAAGUGGUCUGCUUCAGUUUCAAUCCGGAAGAGGCCGAAGUCACUCCCGAGGCCGUGCAGCUGAAUUUUGUGGGCGACCGCGACAGCUUUGUGUGGAAGGGUCACGACGCCCUGCAAGUGAAGAACUCCGCCGUCCAGUCUGAGGCUGGAUUCCACCCCGACCUUGUGCUGCAGCUAGCGCCACCUGCUGGAGUCACCGCUCUCGCACUGCACUCCAAGUGGGGCCUCAUUGCCGCCGGAACCGCCCAUGGAUUUGGAGUCCUGGACUAUGUACAGAAGAAGGUGGUUGUGUCAAAGUGCACGCUGAACCCGAACGACCUGGCUGCAUCUGGUGACAUGAUGUCUCGCCGAAAGUCCUUCAAGAAGUCGUUGCGUGAGUCGUUUCGUCGUCUGCGCAAGGGCCGCUCCCAGAGAGGGCGCAAGGACAAGUCUAUGACCAAGUCGCCGGAGAGCCGAAGGCCGAGGAGAGGAGAGGAAGAAGGAAGCACGUCUUCUGCUGUAGCAAGCCCUGCAUCUCGGCACAAUGAGUCCGCCAUCGACCCUGGCUCGCCACUGUCAGAGGCCAAACCCGUGGAGCGCCAGGUGGAAGCACGCUCCACGGACGACGCUCUUUCCUCCAUGGUCCGCUGCCUCUGCUUCUCCAGCAGCUUCAUUCUUCACAAUGCAGCGACAACACCAACCCUCUGGGCAGGCACGAACGCAGGUGCCAUUUUUGUUUACACCCUUGCCUUCCCCCCGAGCGACAAGAGGGACUCUGAUCCAGUUCAGUGCACCCUUGGCAAGGAGAUCCACCUGAAGCACAAGGCUCCAGUGAUAUCCAUCCACAUAAUAGACGCUCGUGGCUACCCUAUUGCGGACCCAUUUGAGGAGGAGCCCAAGGGCCUAGUGCCACCACAAAGGGUACUCAUCUGCUCCGAGGAACAGCUGAAGGUUUUCACACUGCCCAGUUUGAAGCCCUUUGGCAAGCUAAAACUGACGGCGCAUGAGGGAGCUCGGCUGCGCAGGGCCGCCAUAGCACGCUUCCAGAGCCGCAGUGACCCUGCUCGCACAGAGUACUGCCUGGCUGUGCUCUCCAACUUGGGCGAGGUGGCACUACACUCCCUGCCUGACCUGCGCCGCCAGAUGCUUGAGGCUUGCCUUCGCCGCGAGGACAUCAACGGCAUAUGCAGUCUCGUGUUCACAAAGGACGGGGAGGGCUUUUACCUGAGCUCGCCGUGUGAGUUCGAACGCUUCUCCCUCUCGGCCAAGCGAAUGGUGGCCCCCCACUGCCAGGUGGAUCUGCCCGAAGGGGUUCGGCCUCAGCCCCCGCAGCCCCAGGAACCCCAGGGGGGCAAGGAGGAAGAGAAAGUAGAAGCAGCAGCACCUGCCGUGUUGGCCACAGAGAACGAAGAGCCUAAGGAAGCAGACGGCAAGGCCGCAUCUACUAGCGAAACCAAGCUCGAGGAAGUGAAGGAGGUGGCAGAAAAGAAGCCACAGCUGGCCUUCUCAGCCGCCACGUCUCCCACAUCGCCAAAGGAAGAGUCGUCAGAAGGCGGUGACGAUGACAAAGGUGGCUUGGACUCUCCACCAGACAGUGGUAUCAGCAGUCUGGUCAUCACUAAGAAUGAGUCCAACUUCACCACCACCACAAGCACAGUGGGCGACCUGAAGUCCCUCGAUCUGGACGACCUGCUGCCCGCCGACCACGAAGCACUUGCCGACAAGCUGCGUUCUGAAUGCAAGAUAGAGGUGGUGCGCGAGAAGCGCACUGUUGUCGUUGUGCGGGAGGAGACGCUCGUCAAUGGGAGCUCUCCUACAAAUUGAACCAGCCUUCAUCAGCUAGCAUCCGCCACUUGGAGCUGUAUCGUAUUUUCACACCAUGCGCAUUUGUUUUUUUUUUUUCAUUUUUUUCUUCCUUUUUGCGUGAUUGUUUUUCACAUUGCAGCUAGUUCCUCCGAGCAACAGGUGUUCUUUUUUUUUUCUUUUUUUAUCUCCCCCUGUUACUUGUUGGUUUCCCUGUUUUUAAGCCAUUUUUUUAAUCAGUUUAGGAACAAAGCACUGUUGCUGAGCACAGGUGUGCACAGGUGCACCACACACACACUAACAUAUUCGUGCACGUUAUCUCGCAGCUGUGCGCAUGCUUGGCACACUGAUGUUGCAUGUCCAGCACUGGGGCAAGAAGACUUGGGCAUGCGUGAGAGAAUGGGGGAGUAAGGAGCAGUUGGGCCGUACAGUUACCUGCGAAAGUAUGAGGGGUGUUCGCAUUUUGCAAGGAAAGCCUAGAUCUCACGGAGCUUCGGCAGCAUCGUUGCCUCUAUUUUGAGGUAUCAUGGCUUAAUAGCAUUCGCCAUCCACUUGCAGAUUUUGACACUUCGAAGGUGUUGUGCCCAAACUCUGUGGAAAUGCGCGUUUGUCGUGGGAAUUGUUGCAGCGUGUAAUGUUUGGCAGCUUACUGUAUGUCUGCAUUUUUUUUCCUCCUCGCAAGAGUAGGAUUAGUUUUCACGUGUAUGUUGAACUUUUCGCCACUAGGUUGUGCCCCCACUCCUUGCAUUUUUCUACAGUCUCCAGCACCUGCACACGACCGAGAGCCGCAAAAAAAUGUAUGAACAGUGGAGGAGAGUCUUUUUUUCGCUUAGACUGUGAAAUGUACAAUAUGCACUUUUUUUAUUUGCCAAAAGUACACUGAUAACACCGGUGGUCGGCUGUACUUAUGCGGCUGUGCGUAUAUUUAUCUUCGGUAUUGGAAAAAUCUGAACGAAUUGCCAACUUUGGAAAUGUUGGCGGAAACACCAUUCAAAUCGAGAACGACCAGUGCUGUCAUACAUAGUGGCGUGCAUACUUUUUUUUAUCAGUGAAUUCACGGAAUAGACUAAGCAAUCGUAGAACAAACCUCUGGUUUCCGCUAAGAUUGCGGUUUUAUUCCCACUCCGAAGGACCAUUCUUGCACCUAACUGGUGACAUCACGAAGCAAAACAGCGCAAUGUUGGGAAAUGACCACAAAACGUCAAUCUCGCAUAUUCGCAUGGCGGUGCUGCCAGUAUACUCUAACCAUGUCGCGUUGGUUUUUAUAGACACUCAGUAUUGCAUCAUUCCUCGUAUGGCGGUCAACACUGCAAGUACCGCAAGUGCCUUUUACCUCGGCACAAAUGCAGCAGAUGUGUGUGCUGUUGCCGCGUUCUACAGCGGCAGGCACUCCUAUUCGCGAUGCAGACAAAAUGCUUCUUGCUUCAUGCUUCUACAGCCACAUUGCUGAAAUCGGAAAGUGUUUGCAUAACUUUGCAUAACUCAUUUGCAACUGGCCGUCUUCGCUUAGAAGUUACGUACUGUCAGAGAUAAAGGUAUUCUAAAAACUUGGCGGUACGCAGCAAAGUGAGGUCGUGGCUGAAGUAGGUCAGCUAAUAAGCGUGCCAGUGUUUUCAAACCUCCAAAACAGCACUUUCUUCUUUCUUUUUUUUUAUGGGAGACAUUCGAAAUAACUCGCGCUAUUAUCCAGCCAGUCUUGACUGCAGUCUUUCUGCAGUUCAAACUGUUUUAUUCUAUUCCCAGCAGUAUAUCUCACAACUGUUCUCGUUGGCCGUCACGUCCGGGGCGAGUGCUGUGAUGUAACAUUUCACGGCACGUCGAGAUGCGUUGGCACUACGCAAGUCGUGACAGCUGCAUGCCCCGAGGCAGAGUUGUCGCAUAGCAAGACCGUGCAAGUUGCGCUUUUCUCUUAUUUUUUGUUUGUGGGCCCCGUUUCUUCGACAGAUGCAUUCAUGCUGUAUGCAUGUACAAGAGAUAUAGGGGACCACAAUGGGAACUGGGCGCUACGUGUAGCAGCUCGUUGAAUACUGUUGCUCGUGUUCCCGAAAUUUUUUGUUUAUUGCAUUUGCGCAUAUGCAAUUACAUCCGCAACAUGCAUGCAAUGCUGCAAGUAGGCAAGCAGUACAAGAACCUUGUAUACGCUAUAUUAUUUACAUUAAGGACCCCAUAUUGGACUUCAUUAGCGGCGGCACCUCAUAAAGGGGGACUGCUCGUGGCACGAAUUUGGGGAGGGGUGGGAACUAUUUUAACAGCUCCUGCGUUCAUUCCUCGAUUUGCAUUCGCGACCAGAAUGAAGUCAUUUCACUUAGUUGCAUUUCUCUUUCACGGUGGGCACAGAUAGUAGGUAGCUGUGUUCUCCAGUUCCAUGCAGUACACCCAAGGCAAAAGGGUAGCCAGCCCAGCCCAUCGGUGUAAUGAGAGCCAGAUAGAGACUCACCGUGAAUGAUAAAGGAAUAGGCCUUGUGCUAGUUUUCAUUUCGUAAAGGCACAACAACACUUCUCGUUUUUACUUGCAUAUUUUUUUUAAGUGGGAGGGUUGUGUGCAAGGGGUCGACAAAGCACAAAUCAUCUCAUAAUCAAAAAGUGCCAUUUUUCAGCCUUCCAAAUAAGCAAAUAAAGUGAAAUGGAGAGAGGAAAAACGAGCACUUCUUGGCAGUUUUUUUUUAAUUGAAUUUUUUUCAACAGCAAGUAGCAGCGUCUGCAUUUUUUUUUUUCUAGAAAAGGUCUAUACAUACUAUAUAUAUAUAUAUAUAUUAACAUAUUUAAAGCUUUUUUUAUUUUACUGUUUUUCUCGUCCCAUGUUUAUUGUGCUCGUCACCACAAGUCUUUUUCGCAUGUUUAUACAGGGCAGCUCUUUUGCUGCACGCGUGUGUUUACCGGGGGCAGCAGCAACAUUUUAGAUCCUUCCACAGUACGUCGCGAAUUAUGCCACGGAAAUGCCCAUAUUGGUGAUGGUGGUACAACUGCUAUGCUUCAACAAGGUGUUUUCUUUUUUAAAUGCUGUAAGACUUUUUCGAGCUGUCUUUUUUUUUACCGGGCCAUUUUUGAAAUAAAAUGUGUGCAAAUUGCCGUA